GGUCUUCCUAUUUUGCCCUCCAAUUAUUUUGCAAUGAAAAAGACAAAAUUCCCAUUCACCUCUAUGUACACAUCUCUUUCCUCUCUCAUCCUUCAUCACACAGACAAACUUCUAUGUUCUCUCUCCUCUUCUCAAUCUCGUCCUUCUUCCUUAUCUCACCAACGACACUCAUGAAGAACACAACCACAGUCGCCCAUAAUUGCUUAGAGAAGGAAUUCUUCUCCCAAUUCUGUCGGAUUUCUCAUCAACUCUUCCGAUGAUGUCGACCUCAAUCUUCUUCCUAAUGGCGGCGAGUGAUCUUUAAUUCUGGAAGUAUCUCACCAUGCUCAUCUCUCUCUCUCUUUCAUACGAUCCGUCACAAGGUUGAUGAGCUUCGAAAACAGAUCAAGGUUACACAAAAUUCUUGUAUUGAGUGCGGCGACGGCGCGUGAGAAGAAAAACUUUAUCAUUUAUAAUUCACCCAUAUUUCUUAUUUGGGGUUUUACAAAUCUGGAGAAAUUUGAGGAGAUAGCGAAAUUUUGGGCGAAAAAACAAAUAAUUCCUUUUCGGCUGAGAAAUUUUGUUAGUAAUCGUAAUUAUCAGAACGUGAGAUGAUAUAUUUACUGGUAGAAUUGUUAAAUUUACUUUCUGGGGUAUAUUUGUAUUAAGUAAUUUGUGAGUUUAAGAUGUUUUAGGGUGUGAAAAAUUAUUAGAUUAUUGAAAUUUUGUUAGGAAAGAUUAGGAGAAUAUUAUUCAUUAUUAUCAUCUAAGUUAGUUUCCUUAAUUAUAGCCUUAAUUAACUCAAGAUAAUUCUUAGAAUAUCUUGUGAUGCUAUCUUAGGAAACUAUGUACUCUACAUAUAUGAUGGGAGAUCAAUGAGAACAUUCAAGCUUUGAGCCCUAAUUACUUUGACAUGGUAUCAGUCGCCGAGGUAACUUAAUCAUCAAAAAAAAAAAAAAAAAAAAAAAAAAAAACAGAGAGCCAUAAACACCGACCAUGCCUGGUGAUGAUACACCACCGCCUCCACCACCGCGUAUAGACAUUACUUCCCCGUACUAUCUCGGUCCCCAUGACAGACCUGAUGACUUCAUUACUCCGACCCGACUUCGUGGCGAAAAUUACGAUGAAUGGGCAGGGGAUAUACAAACUGCGUUGGAGGCACGUCGGAAAUUUGUCUUUCUUGAUGGAACCAUCACCACACCUUCCUCUCCGUGUACUCAAACGGAUUGGAACACAAUCCAUGCCAUGUUAAUUUCAUGGCUUAUGAACACAAUAGACCCCGAAGUGAAGAGCACUCUUUCGAAGUACAAGGAUGCGAAACGACUAUGGGACACUCUAAAGAUGCGUUUUGCGGUUGUUAAUGGUCCAAGGAUUCAACAAUUGAAGUCCUCAAUUGCACGAUGUGAGCAAUCGAAGGCUAUGACCGUGGCUUCGUAUUUUGGUAAAUUGACAGCGUUGUGGGAAGAAUUGAACAACCAUGAACCUCUUAUCACUUGCUCUUGUUGUGAUAAGUGUACAGCAGGCAUCGAGCAUGAGAAGCAUCGGGAUACUGCUCGUCUUCACGAAUUUCUGAUGGGGUUGUACACCGAUUUUUAUGCUUCAACUCGCACCAACAUUCUAUCCCAAGACCCGUUGCCUACUCUAGACAGGGCAUAUCAAUUGAUCACGCAAGACGAACGCAUUCGUACCUCUACUCAAGUUCCAGACGUGCAGCCACCUGAUGUGGUGGGGUUCGCUCUCCGAACAAAUCAAGGGAAGCCGAAACCAGGUGCUUCCGAGAACAAAUCUGACAGGGCUGCUAUGCUCUGUUCUCACUGCAAGAAAACAGGACAUCUAGUCUCGAGCUGCUUUGAAUUGAAGGGCUUUCCGGAGUGGUGGCCAAACCCUUCGAAGCGAGGGAAGGCAGGGACCAAGGGUCGUGGGCAGGCUCGAGCAAAUGCAACUGUUGCCGGGUCUACAUCUCAGCCAAACAAUGCGGAUAUUGCUGCCACUUCUUCGCAAAUGUUCACCGCGGAUCAAUGGAAGGCAAUUGCCGGGUUUAUUGGUAACACAAAGGUCCCCGAUGACCGAUUGAAUGGACCAGUCGAAGGAGCUGAUUGGAACGAGUGUUAGGCGAGAUGGACUAUUUUACUUCGAAAGAAGGGCUUCCGUGCAACAUGUGGCUACUUCUGAGUCGUCUGAAUUGCUAGAACUGUGGCACAAGCGUUUAGGUCAUCCUUCGAAAAAAGUUAUUAAGCUUCUCUCUCCCGUUCAAAAUUGUAAGGGUCGUUUAAAUAAAGCAUGUGAAGUUUGUUUUCGUUCUAAACACCCUAGAGAUAGUUUUCCCAUUAGUGAGAAUAAAACUACUAGAAUUUUUGAAAAGAUACAUUGUGAUUUGUGGGGUUCUUAUAGGCAUGCAUCGUCUUGUGGUGCUCGUUAUUUCUUGACAAUAGUGGAUGAUUUUUCAUGUGCUGUUUGGAUAUAUUUGCUUAUUGAUAAAACUGAGGUGUUUCGUAUGUUUAUGUCUUUUGUGGCAAUGGUUGAUAGACAAUUCUCUCAAAUAAUUAAAAUUGUUCAAAGUGAUAAUGGCACAGAAUUUAAUUGUUUGCGUGAGUUUUUCAAUGCAACUGACAUAUUAUUUCAAACCUCAUGUGUCGGAACCCCGCAACAAAAUGGUAGGGUAGAGAGGAAACAUAAACACAUUCUCAAUGUAGGGAGGGCUUUGCGUUUUCAGGCUAAUUUUCCGAUUUAUUUUUGGGGGGAGAGUGUUUUAGCUGCUGCCCAUU